UCCUUUUUCAUUGACAUGAACCAUUGAACUAUUUCCCCAAAUAUCUCUCUUCCUCAAAGUUUUUGCAAAAGCCAUUUUUACUCACAUUUUCCCAUAUUUUUCUUUGUUUUCUUCAAACACCAUCAUAGAAACCACAGCUUUGUAAUCUUAUUUUCUUGAUCUUGAUCAUGGAAAAUGUAAAAGGAGUGGUAGUGGCUGAGGGGAUCGUAUCAGGACCGUUCUUUCAAGAGAAUAUAGUCUGUCAAUUUAUGAACAAGAUCAAACCGAUGGGUGGUAUAAUGCAGGGAGAGAAUCCUUUGGAAUAUAGCUUCCCUGUUCUUCUUGCUCAGAUUUCUGUCAUUUUUCUUUCCUCUAGACUUGUUUAUUUUUUGUUGAAACCCCUUCGACAAAGUGCUCUAAAUUCCCAAAUUUUGGCAGGAAUUCUAUUAGGUCCCUCAGUAAUGUGGUAUUACUUCCCAUCUUUUAAGAUGUUAUUUCCAUCUGGGGGCAGAGUAGUGCUUAACGUAUUAGCAGACAUAGGUGCCGUACUUCACUUAUUUAUAUUGACAUUACAGAUGGAUACAUCCAUUAUCCGGCAAGCCCGUCCGACCGAGGCAUUGCUAGCCGUAACCGGUUUUAUGUGCCCUCUACUCAUGGGAUUCUACACAUUUAAAUCACUGCUUAAGGAUAGCAUGUUAGGUGAUCCAUUAAUACAUGCAAUUCCCACCAUUUUGAUUAUAAAUUCUCUGAGUUCAUUUCCGGUUAUCACGGGUGUACUAGCCGAUUUAAAGAUCCUUAACUCGGAACUCGGACGAUUCGCAGCUAAAGUAUCGAUGAUUAAUGACAUGAGUUGCUUCUUCAUGGGACAACUCGUGGGUGCAAAACAAGCUUUUCAUGAAUCGUACGACCAAGGAUUAAAGUACGUGGUUUGUUUUUGCACCUUGUUAUUUUCGAUCGUAUACAUUUUCCGACCCGCCAUUAUAUGGGUGACAAGGUGCGCAAAAUACGGCCAGCCGAUGGGUGAUAUUCAUUUCUUUGUCAUACUUAUGUCCGUAUUUAUCUGUUCGUUAAUGUCCGAGGUUCUCGGACAGCAAUAUUUGUUCGGUCCCUUAGUGUUGGGAGCAGUUUUGCCGGACGGACCGCCACUAGGAACGGAAAUAGAACACAGGCUUCAUGCGCUUAGUCGAGGGUUACUGCUGCCUAUUUUUUGUGGCAUUAGUGGGUUAAAUAUGAAUGUGUUAUCAAAGAGAAAGGGAAAUUCUUAUACGUUACUCAGAAUUCUUAUUGGUGUAUCGUAUAUGUCGAAGUUCAUGGGAAUUUUUAUUCCAGCAAUUAUUUGCCGAGUGCAUUUCUUGGAAGCUAUAUGUCUUACUCUAAUCUUGUGUAGCAAAGGUAUUAUUGAGGUUGCUAUUUAUGGCAGUUGGAAGGAUGCUAAGGUAUUAGACGCUCAUUCCUUCAACAUUCUGCUAGUCUCAUUGAUGAUUAUAUCUGGUUUUUCCCGACCUAUUAUAUCUUAUCUUUACGAUCCAGCGAAAAAAUAUAGAACGAGCAGCAGAAGAACCAUUCGAGGAUCCAGCUACCAGAAUCAAUUACGAGUACUAGUUUGUAUCCAUUCUGCAGAUAAUGUCUCAUUGAUCUUGAAUCUUCUCAAAGCCUUUAAUCCCACAAAAUUCAGCCCUAUUACAGUCUUCGUCCUCCAUUUAACAAAACUUACAGGUCGCGCAUCAUCAAUACUCUUACCUUAUGAUAGCAAAAUGGACAGCAAUAAUUUCAAAAUGUCUGAUAACCCCUCAGCUCAAAUCUUCAAUGCCUUUGAUCGUCUCGAGAAGCAGAAUCAAGGGUAUUUUUUAGUGCAACGUUAUACUGCUGUCGCGCCCUACAAAACCAUGCAUGCUGAUAUAUGCACAGUUGCGUUGGAUAAAAAAACAACUAUUGUUAUCAUCCCGUAUCAUAAACAAUAUAACUUUGAUGGAAAAAUAGGAUCGUCCAGUUCUCCGAUUCGAACAAUCAAUCGUAAUGUCAUGGAAAUGGCUCCGUGCACUGUCGGACUCCUCAUAGACCGCGAACAAAUUGGCGGAAAGAACCGGUUUGUAUUAAAUGACUACUCGUUGUAUAGAAUCGGGAUGUUUUUCUUCGGAGGAGACGAUGACAGUGAAGCUUUAGCGAUUAGUGGGCGGAUAGCUUCUCAUCCUGACGUGUGCCUCACGGUAGUACUGUUCAAGCACGAUUCGUUCGAUUAUAACGAAGCAGACGGGGUUUUUGAUUACUGGAUGGACAAUCUACCGAGCGGAGAAUGUAGGAAUAAGAUUGAAGUGAAGCAUGCGAAAGUGAAAAAUGGAGAAGAAACCAUAAAAGAAAUAUGUGCAUUAGAAGAUGAAAUUGAUUUAGCAAUUGUGGGUAGGCAUCAAGAUCCUAAUUCUCCAAUUUCAAUGGGAUUAACAGAAUGGACGGAUGGUCAUGAGCUUGGAAUUAUGGGAGAUAUGUUAUCUACUUCAGAUUUCAGAUUCUCGGUGCUUGUCGUCACGCAACAGCCGAUUAUGACGGGAGUUAACGACGAGUUGAUGUCGAUAAACAGUAGUAAAUCGUUACAUUCUGUUGCGUCUUCCUCUAAUUUGUCAAGAGAGGAGGAAUGGAAACCCAUUGUUGGCUAUACAUAAUUUUAAAUAACAAAUUAGGUUUAAGAUUAAGGUAGAAUUUUUGGUUUUGUAUUUUAUGUAUUCUUUUUUUUC